UUUUUAGAGUAUAUAAGAAAAGAUAUUUUUUAUGCAUUUUGUUCAAAUCCCUAUAGUAAAAGUUUCUUUAUUGAAGAAAUAUCUUCGAAUUGUUCAUUGAGAAAACUAUGCGAGAUAAAUGAAUUUGAAAACUGCUCAAAUCUUGAUAGAGUGCUAGAUAUAUUAGCCGAAAAUAUAGGAAAUUUUACAAUAUAUGACAAUAACGGCAUAUUGCAGUCCAAUUUACACAAUCUCAAUUUAUCUGAUAAUGAUAUGUAUCUGUUACAGUUAUUUGCAUCAUGUUCUACGGAUGAUCUGUAUGAUUGUAUAUCUAUAUUGCGAGAUUCUAUAUUUAUUAGAAGUAAGAAGGUCGAUGAAAAAGAAAUUAAAAAUGGAUUUAAAAAAUCCCAUCUAAAAAGAAUGCUUAGUUUGCCAAUUAUAAAUCAAACAAUUUCUUUUAUGCUUGAAUUUUUAAAAAAGAUACCUUCUUUAGAAAAAAGACCAAUGGAAAUGAAUUCUCUUGGUGAUAUAGAGUUUGCUUUAAAGGCCACUUCAAAAAUAAUUAAUGUGUGGGGUUUUUCUUAUGCAACCGCAUACGCUCCAAAUGUUAAACAAAGUAUUGAUUCGGCUAUUUGUGCAUGUUUGCCUAUUUAUAUUUCAUUUUAUCAUAUAUUUUUUAUACUAUUUUCAUUUGCUGAUGUUAACCAGUUUAUGAGCAGUUAUACUGGAAUUAUCAAUAGUAUAAUUAGGCUAGGAAUAUACACACUUCAAGAAUAUGAAGUUUAUACUUCUUAUAAUGAAGAAACCCAAAAUAAAAAAGUGGACCAUCUUUAUUUUAUGUGCGAUAUAGACAUAGAAGAAUUUAAGAAAAAUGUGAUUGAAACGCGUAGACAAACUAUUAAAAACCAGUUGGAUGCGAUAUUUAGUUCUCCAAUUAACCUAUCACUAGGCGAUAUGUUGAAUAAAUCGUUAGAAGAAAUAGAGGCACCUAAAAAUAAGGCAUUAAAUAUUAAAACUGCUGAUCAAAUAGUAAACUUUCUGAAUUUAUUAUCUGAUAUAAAGAAUAAUGAAGCAGAUAAUAAUAUUCUGAUAAAUGUGAAAAAUAUAGAGCAUGGUAUUGACAACAGUGCUAUUGAGCUAUCUGAUGAAGAUGAGAUAUUUUAUGAUGCCAAUGAUAAUAUAGAGCAUGACAUUGACAACAGUGCUAUUGAGCUAUCUGAUGAAGAUGAGAUAUUUUAUGAUGCCAAUGAUAAUAUAGAGCACGGUAUUGAUAACACGCAUGGUUUAUGGAAAAUUCCCUCUCUAAUCACAAGAAAUAUGGGAAUUUCACUAAUUGUCAUUUUAGUACUUGCUAGUCUUUUUGUAUUAUACCGCUAUGAAAUAAUUAUGUUUGCGGAGUGGAUUACAUUCUCAUAG